AUGGCUCACCUCACAGCCGCACCUGCGGACCUCCUCAAUGCGUUCCUCACCACCACCACCCAGGACAUUAUCCCCCUGACAGCCGCGGGCGUCGCGUCCGGCUGCAAGGUCUUUGGAGCGGCCAUCCUGCGCAAGUCAGACCUCUCGCUCGUGGUGGCCGCUACCAACACCGAGACCGAGAGCCCACUGCUCCAUGGCGAGAUUACGUGUAUCCAAAAGUUCUACUCUCUGCCUGCGGACCAGCGUCCGCCGCCUGGUGACUGCGUUUUCUUUGCGACCCACGAGCCGUGCUCGCUCUGGAUCACAUGGUCCGGGUUCGACAACCACACUUUCCUCUUCACGUACGAGGAUACCCGCGAUGCGUUUGCCAUCCCACACGACAUCAAGAUUCUCGAAGAGGUGUUCAAAGUACCGGCCAAGGGAGAGAGCGAGGCCGACUACACCGCUCGGCCACUGUACAACAAGUCAAACGCGUUCUGGACGGCCCGCUCUGUUGCGGAUCUCGUGGCCGAGCUGCCCGAAACGGACAGGGCAGCCGCGCAGAAGAGGGUUGCUGACGUCAAAGCUCAGUACACUGGUCUGAGCGAGACGUACCAGUCAAUCCUAACGCUUGUGUCUGGGCUGGCCACAGCCGCCCCGGCAACCAAGUCGAGCAGCGUCACCGCCACAAUCCGCCCUUCGACCGGGAAGAACUCUGUCAAGAUCGUGGGUUUCCAGAACGGCACUGUCGACUCGUUCUUGGGCAUUCCUUUUGCCGAACCUCCUGUUGGCUCUCGCCGUUUCACCCGCCCCCAGGCCAAGGUCUACCAGUCGUCGGUGCUCAACGCCACUACUCUUCAGCCUAGGUGUAUGCAGCAAGGCGGUGAUGCGACUGCUCCUGGCAUGAGCGAGGACUGCCUCACUAUCAACGUCAUUACCCCUCACGGAGCCUGCGGUAGUAGCAAGAAGCUGCCUGUCAUGGUGUGGAUCUACGGUGGAGGCUUUGUCAAUGGCUCCGCUUCUAGCUUCACCUUCCCCGACCUGCCUGCCUUUGGCAUUGAGAUUGGCAAGCCUUUCGUCCUCGCAGCCGCCAACUACCGCCUCGGCAUGUUUGGUUUCCCCCAAGGCGCCGAUGCAGUCGCCAACAACGCCGCCAACCUUGGCCUGUAUGACCAGAGGCUCUCUCUGGAAUGGGUGAAGCACAACAUUGCGUCGUUUGGGGGCGACCCAACCAAGGUUACUGUCUUUGGAGAGAGUGCUGGAGCGAUGAGCAUUGCGACACACAUGCUGAACGAGACCCAAGACUUGUUCCGGGGCGCCAUCCUCCACUCUGGCGGGCCCAACUCGUCACCCCUCUCGCCUACCACCAUCCACUGGGCCGGUGCCCAGAACAUGACUGCACAGAACGCCGGGUGCCUUUCUCCUAACACUACCAACCUUGGUCAAAACAUGACCACGUGGGAAUGUCUCAAGACCGUGGACGCCAACCUCAUCAUCUCGGCCAGUAAGCAGAUGAUGAGCUCGGCCCAGUACGCAGGCGUGUUCCCUUGGUCGCCGAGUAUCGACGGUGUGUUUGUCCCUGAGCUUCCGUCCAAGCUCUUGAAAGAAGGCCGGUUUGCUCGCAUGCCGUUCAUCUCUGGUAACUGCCGCGACAAGGGUACAGUGUUCACUCCCUCCGCUAUCAAUGCCACCAGUGGACCGGCCUUCAUGCACCGCUGGUACCCACAGGGGGUCACCGAUGAUGUCCUCAACACUCUUUUGGCUCACUAUCCAAACGACCCAGCCAAUGGAAGCCCGUACGGCACCGGUAACGAGACAUUUGGCCUUGAUCCCAGCUUUAAGCAGUAUGCGGCCCUGUUGGGCGACCAGAUCUUCCAGUCACGCAGGCGGUACCUGCUCCGCACUCUUAACCAACACAAGUUUACCAAUACUUGGGCGUUUGAGUUCCGUGCCAACGAGACGGCUGCGCAAGCGACGUACCGUGGUGUCGCCCAUGGCUCAGAUGUCUCAUACAUCUUCCUCCAAGCCGCCGACGUGGCAAUGUCUCGUGAAAUGAUGGUGUACGAAAUCAACUUUGCCUAUGACUUGGACCCAAACGGUGCCGCCAAGACGGGAAACAGCUCCCUCUACUGGCCGCAGCACCAGUACCCGGCCAACAAGAACAUUAUGCGCAUGGAUUCGGGCAACUUUACGCUUCAGCAGGAUACCUUGCGCGAGGACCAGAUGAUUGUGUUUGACGACCCGGCCAUCAAUGUGGCGAUCCAAGCUUGA